CGAUCGUGUAGUGUUUUAUGGCGUUUGUCAAAUUGACGAAACUUUUGAAAAAGUGUAGUUUCUACCAUAGUUAUGUCUAUUUUUAAUGAGUUAUUACCGAAAAUCAAUGAAAUAUCAAAUGCUUUUACUAAAAACUUCAAUGAUGACCUCAAGGCCGUGUUCGAUUGUUUUGAUAAGUUUGAGGAGGAGUUUCAAAAUGGACGAGGAAAGGCGCGGGAGAAAGCUACAAAGGAUAAAAACCCCAUGACGACCCUUCAGAGUAUCCACGAGGAUGAAGAUGAAACAACAAAAUCAUUGGAAACAGACAACAGUAAACGAAGAUCCAGCAACAAAUCGACGACGGACCUCACAACUGGUCGAAGUUCAUCAGAAAGCAACUCGGACAGACCGCGGCGAGCUUCCAAGAAACGCAGCAAACAUGAAGUCGAUGACAUGUUCAGUCCGGAACAGGAUAAACGACAAAAGAGAAAUGCUUCCGUUAAGGCACAGAGUAUUAUUAGUAAACAGGUGAAUGUCAACCUAUCCCAGAAGCUACGUCGUGAGGACACAGAGAAGGCGUCGCGCGGGCGGCGACGUAAGGAAGAUGAUAAAGAAAACCAUGAACCGGUACUCAAUAUACAAAUCAAACAAGAAAAGAUCUCCCUACCACCAGAGCCUAUGGACACCGAUUUCUUGCCAGUCGACAUUCCCAUCAAACAGGAAGUUAAUAAGGACGAGAUUGCCAUGCCGCCGCCAGUUGCACCCGUGCCCAAGCCACGAAAAGCGGCACCUAAAGAGAAAGUAGAAGAAAGCAGUGAGGACGAAGGUUCAGGUAAAAGAAGGACUACCAGAACGAGGAAACAGACUGAUAAUGUACCCCCAGUUCCAUCAGCGCGGUCGACCCGCGCCAGUUCCCGCUCAGCGCGCCACACGGAGGCUGAGGACCCCGCGCCACCACCGCCUGACACGCGACCCAAACGUACCAGGGCUAAGAAGAAAGUAUCAGAAGUUGCCCCGGAACCAGACAAAAGCACGGAAUCACAAGAAAGUGUUCCUGCUUCCCCUGCAGAAAAACCGCGACCUAAGAGGACUAGGAGAGCGCCGAAAGCAGCUGAAAAACCAGAAGAGAAACAAAACGCCACACCACCACCAAUACCGGCCCCAGAAACUAACAUAACACCGAAAGAAGAACGCAUCUCACAUCCACAACCCUCAUCCCCAAUAUUACAAAAAGAGGCGUCUAAGAACAAAAGCAAAAAGGACCCUGUUGUCGAGUUGACAAGGUUGAAUUUAGAUGAAGUCGAUGCCCUAGACAAAACUCGAGUGAUCGACAAGGUCGGGGAUAUGGACAAAACUGUGGUUAUACCGAACGGAGUGUAUAAUCAUGCGCCGGUGACACCUAAGAAUGUUCGCAAUCUGAACGAAACAGUAGUACUAGAGACAGCAAACAGAGGAACAAUGGUUCUAGAUAAACAACAGAAUCACGUUAUGGAUGCCACAGUCGUCAUCGAUAAAGACCCUAAGCAAGUAAACAUUACGGACGACAAUUCUUUGUUGACGGACGACAGUGACGCACCAGAUAUGCACACGCCACCCAAACAAUCUCCUCCCGUCAUACAGCCCACAUCUGCAGUGAAAGAGAAAGUGCAGCAGUUUGAGGAGUUAGCGUCAAGAGUGACCAGAACGAAAACGAGAGCCAUGGCUAAGAAGGAGGAACAACCAGAGGAAACUCACACGCCUCCCGACAAGAUAGUGAAACCAGUACUCUCUGCUGAGACACUCAACAAGAUGAAUAAUAUGAUCUUCAAUGGAAAACCGCCACAGAUAUCAAGUUCAGCGACAAAACCGCGUGCAAACGUAUUAACGUCAACGAAGUCUUUAAUACCCUCGUCUACGUCGAAACUGAGCGGGAUAAACCGAGCGAGAGAGGCGGAGGAACUGAAAAGAGAGAGGGAAGACGCGAGGAAGAAGAAGGAAGCCAUGCUCGAGGCUAAGAGGGAACAGCAGAAGAGGAAACGAGAAGAAAAGAUGGCGGCGGCGGCGGCGGCGCGCGAGGCGGCGGAGCGCGAGCGUCGCGCCGCGCUGGAGCUGGCCGCCAGGGAGAGACUGGAGAAGCAGGCGCAUGCUGACCAGGGGAAGCUCGACCGGCUCAAGGAGGCUGAGCGGAAAAAGCAAGAGUUAGCUCGCAAAGUAGCCGAGACUGAGGAGAGGCGGCGUGCAGAGGAACAGGCCAGGCAACAACGACUCGCUGAGGAACAACGCCGGGCUGACGAGGCGCGGCGGAAACAGUUGGAGGAGGCCGCCGCUAUGAAGAAGGAGGCCGCGAUUAUGGCGAAAGAGAUUGAGAAGAGACAGAAGGAGUACAUUGAGAAGCAGAAGAUGAAACAUAAAUUGGAAGACAAAACACAUACUCCGCUGAAGUCAGCGGGUACUCCAGGUGGGUGGCAGACACAACUGUCCCCUGCAUACAUGGCAGAUGGGUUCCAGUACCUUAAUUCUGACGAGGAUGAGGAACCAGUCGACAGGCCCGUACCAGAAUGGAGUACUUCUAAGGCCCGGCGCGGGCAGCUCGCCCUGCAGAGCCAGGUCGGUCGCGCGCACGUGGACCGGCUGUUCAGCGUGCGCGUGCACUCGCCGGACCUGCGCGACAUCUUCCCGCGCAUCGAGCGCGCGCGCCUCAAGCGGACCUCCUCCGCCGUCUGGCACACGCCGCCCGCGCGGCUGCCUGCGCUCGCCGAGUGACCCGGCUACCACUGCCAGCUCAUUAUUUAUCAAACUGUGCUUCGCUGAUACUUCUGUACUGAACAUUUAUUGUAAAUUCUUAUUUAAAAACCAGUAUACCACAUGUAAAAAACAA